GAUCAGAGCUCCUCCACACCACUCCAGCAGCACUGCAUACAGUAGAGCAAUCUGAACUGUGAUAAACAAAACGUUACCAUUUCCAAGAAGAGGCCUCUGGUUGACAGUCAAUAAACCUUGUGGCUUCUCGCCAUGGGGUUGACAAAGCAGUACCUGCGCUACGUUGCCACAGCUGUGUUUGGUGUGAUAGGAAGUCCCAAAGCCAACAUCGCCUAUGUGACCAUCAGAGGAGGCGAGAAGGGGCGCUUCGUCGCUGUCGCAGCCUGCGAACACGUUUUUAUUUGGGAUGUGAGGAAAGGAGAGAAGGUCCUGAUUCUCGAGGGGAAGAAACAUGAAGUGACACACCUGUGCGCCUCACCUGACGGCAUUCACAUCGCCGUGGGUUACGAAGACGGCAGCGUCCGCAUCUUCAGCCUGCUCAAUGGUGAAAGCAACGUCUCCUUCAACGGCCACAAGAAUGCCGUCACAGCCAUCCAGUACGACUCCCUCGGUGCCCGUCUCGUGACCGGGUCAAGGGACACGGAUGUGAUUGUAUGGGAUGUGAUCAACGAGUGUGGCCUGUACAGACUGAAGGGUCACAAGGAUGCCAUCUCACAAGUGCUGUUUCUCAAGGAGAAAAACCUGCUGGUCUCCAGUUCUAAAGAUACCUUUGUGAAGUGGUGGGACUUGGACACUCAGCACUGCUUCAAGACCAUGGUGGGGCAUCGUAGCGAGGUGUGGGGGUUGGCCCUGCUCAACCAGGAGAACAGGCUGCUGACUGGCUCUGCGGACAGUGAGCUGAGGGCCUGGGACAUCACAUACUUGGAGCCGGGUAAGGAGGCGGGGGAGCCUAAACAGAAGAAAGGCAAAAGUCUCCUAGAUGAUGACGAUGAUGAUGAUGCUGUGGAAGGGGAUGACGAAGAGGUGGAAGAGAGGAUCCUGAGCUGCAAGAAGGCCGGCUCCAUCCUCAGAGAGGGCCGGGACAGGGUGGUGUCCCUCAUGACGGACCCUAAAGCCAAGGUCCUCAUGUGCCAUGGAACAGAUAAUGGUCUGGAGGUGUGGUCUGUGCUUCCUGAGGAGGAGGUUCAGAAGAGAAUGGACAAGAAGCUGAAGAGAGCCAAGAAGAAGGCACUCAAGGCCCAGGAGGCAGGAGAGGAGGUGACGGAGGCCACGGUGGAUAGGAGGAUCGGGGACGAGAUCCAGAAACUGCUCACCCUCAGGGCCUCUGCCAAGAUCAGGUCUGUAGACUGCCUGUCCAUGCCCGCUGGCGAGGUGCGGUUGGCCCUGCUGUUGCAGAACAACACGGUGGAGACGUACUCUCUGCGAGCCAGCGACCCCACCCCAGCCGGCACCAAGACCUCACGCCUCACCCUCGCCGGCCACCGCACCGACACGCGCACUCUGGCGUUCAGCUCGGAGAACACCGCCAUCCUCUCAGCGUCUGGGGAGACGGUCAAGGUCUGGAACAGGUCCACUCUGCAAGUGGUGCGGACGAUGGCUUGUGAGUACGCCCUCUCCUCCUUGUUCGUCCCCGGAGACAGACAGAUCAUCCUGGGCUCCAAGUCAGGGAAGCUGCAGUUGUUUGAGUUGUCCUCUGGCAGUCUGUUGGAGACCGUAGACGCCCAUGACGGAGCCGUGUGGUCCAUGUGCCUCGCACCUGACCAGAGGGGCAUUGUGACCGGCAGUGCAGACAAGACAGUGAAGUUCUGGGACUUUGAGCUGAUCAAAGAUGAGCAGUCAGAGCAAAAGUCAAAGAGGCUGACGUUAAAACACACUCGCACACUGCAGCUGGAUGAGGAUGUAUUGUGUGUGCGCUUCAGUCCGGACCACCGGCUCCUAGCUGUGUCCCUGCUUGACUGUACAGUCAAGGUCUUCUACGUCGACACACUCAAGUUUUUCCUGUCUCUGUAUGGGCACAAGCUUCCUGUUCUUUGCAUGGACAUCUCUCACGAUAGCGCCUUGAUAGCCACAGGCUCCGCUGACCGAAACGUGAAGGUGUGGGGGCUGGACUUUGGUGACUGUCACCGCUCCAUGUUCGCCCAUGACGACAGUGUCAUGUUUCUGCAGUUUGUCCCCAAGACCCAUCUGUUCUUCACGGCAGGGAAGGAUAAGAAGAUCAAGCAGUGGGACGCUGACAAGUUUGAACACAUCCAGACUCUAGAGGGCCAUCAUCGUGAGGUGUGGUGCAUUGCCAUCAGCCCCAAUGGGGACCACAUGGUGUCCUCCUCCCAUGACAAGUCCCUGAGGCUGUGGGAGAGGACCAGAGAGCCCAUCAUCCUGGACGAGGAGAAGGAGAUGGAGAGAGAGGCUGAAUUUGAGGAGAGCAUGGCUAAGGGAGAUGAGCCAGUGGUUCCUGGAGAGACGGCUGGUGAAGCGGCUCCCGCAGGCAAGAAGACCAUCGAGACGGUCAAAGCUGCUGAGCGCAUCAUGGAGGCUCUGGAGCUGUACAGGGAGGAGACCCAGAAGAUGGAGGAACACGAGGCCGCCUGCAAGGCAGCAGGGAAACAGCUUCCUCCAAUGAAGGUGAACCCCAUCCUGGCUGCCUAUGGCAACAUCUCUCCUGCCCGCUACGUGUUGGACGUCAUCAGGAAGGUUCGCUCCAGUGAGCUGGAGGUGUCUCUGCUAGUGCUGCCGUUUCCCUAUGUGCCUGACCUGCUGAAGCUCUUUAACUGCUAUGUGAAAGACGGCCAGGAGGUGGAGCUGGUGUGCCGCUGCCUCUUCUUCCUGCUCCGGAUCCAUUUUGGCCAGAUCACUAGUAAUCAGAUGCUGGUGUCGGUGAUCGAUGAGCUGAGGGUCAACACCAUCUCCAAAGUUCGAGAGAUCCGGGAUGUUCUAGGCUUCAACAGCGCCGGGCUCCAGUUCCUGCAGCGCGAGAUCGAGAGCAAGGAGGACGUUAUGUUCUUCGCUGACGCCACCAGCCACUUCGAGGACAAGAGGAGGAAGAGGAAGAAGAAGGAGAGGGCCAUUCUGUCUCUUGCAUAGAUGAAAGAGAGAGAGAGAGAGCGGAAGGGUCCAUCUCAUUACCUUACCUCCCAUCCUCUCCUUUUGCUUAUGGUCUCAUGCUUUGCCGACGUCCCUCCUCAGUGGAGAAAACAAUAAAGUUUCCCCACUCUCAACCUAGGCGAACAACUUUUGGGGUACUUUUCCCCAUUCAACAUCCCAAUUGCAAAUGAGACGUCUUGCCUCGCAUCAUGAGGCCACAAACAAAAGGAGAGGCUGUGAGGUUAGAUAUUGAGUUAGACCGAGAGUCAUCUUGUCACUGACAGGAGGAAGAGGGGGAGAGAGACAUGUUGUCCAAAAAGGAAGAUGAAGAACAGAAAAGUGUCAUUCCCUCUGAAAUCACUCAGUGGUAGAAACAAAUUGAAAGCGGACUGGACUAUUUCCCAUAGACUGCCUCCUGCACCUGCACAAUCACAGUGCCGAUGUGUGUGUGUGUGUGUGUGCUUUUUUUCUACAGCAAGACUACAUUUUAUAACACAUGAUUUGCUGCAAAGUAUAAUAUUGUACUGACAAAAAAAAACCCUGUGAGGGUGUCUUGACCUCUAUCACUGCUAAAUGUGUAUGGCUUGUCAGGCCUUUCAAGAGAAGUUAUUUGUAAUAAAGUGCAAAAACAGCCUCGAUGGCAGGCCUUGUGAAAGGUUGAA